AUGAACAUCCUUCAUUCCACUCUCUCAACCUGGCGCGACCGGCUCGCCCCCGUCUCCAAAACCUCAACCUUCCGCGCCUCGGGCCAGAUCACACCGGAAGAAUUCGUCCUCGCCGGCGACUACCUCGUCUACAAGUUUCCGUCCUGGUCCUGGGCCGAUGCUUCAACGCCCUCAAAGCGCGUCUCGUAUCUGCCCGCGGGGAAACAGUUCCUGGUAACCCGCGGGGUACCUUGUCACCGACGACUGAACGAUAACUUUGCGGGGGAUGCGCAUCUCGACGACGAGAUUGUGCGGGACUAUCUGUCUGGUGGCUCGGGGGAGGACGGCGGUGGCGAUGGUGAUGAUGAUGGAUGGCUUAGGACUGGCGGUGGUGGGGAGCGGCAUGAGAGUACGAUCCGGGAUGUGAGGACUGUUGACGAGGCGGGGAGGGAGGAGGCUGAAGAGGAAGAGGAGAUCCCGGACAUGGAAGAUGAUGACGAUGAGGAAGCCAUCAUUCGAGAGCCGGUGGGGAAGUCGAGUACUACUCAGCCAAUCCGCACAUACAACCUCUACAUUACAUACGCCAACUUUUACCGCACACCCCGCCUUUACCUAUCAGGCUACCUGUCUCCGUCUGAACCUCUUCCACCUCACCUAAUGAUGGAAGACAUAGUCGGCGACUACAAAGACAAGACUGUCACACUAGAGGACUUCCCUUGGUUCGAAGGCAGCGUCAAGAUGGCCACAGUCCACCCGUGCCGACACGCCUCCGUAAUGAAAACUCUCCUCGACCGCGCUGACGCCGCUUUGAAACUCCGCCGUGAGAAACUCAAGGCAGCCGCCGAGUCCUCCUCGCCACAGGAACAAGCCAAGCUCGUGCAAGCAGAAAGCGGCCUGGAGGGUCUCGUUGACGACAUCAAGGGUCUAUCACUAAACGAGUCUCAAAAGCAAGGCGACAAGGCCGCCCAAGUUGCACAGGCAGGCGGAGACGAGUGGGAAGUUCUCCAGGCUGAAGAGGACGAGCAAGUCGCCAUCAGGGUGGACCAGUACCUCGUCGUGUUUUUGAAGUUCAUUGCGAGUGUGACACCCGGGAUUGAACAUGACUUUACCAUGGGGGUAUAA